AUGAAUCAAUUUAAUGUAUUAUUAAAUUCAACUGCUUCAUCUCUUUUGUUUUCAAUAAAUCAAUCACUAAAUCGAACAUCAUCGUCAUCAUCGACUAGUCGAAAUACUCUUAUGCGUUAUUUUCAAGUUAUUUACUAUUCUGUAUUAGUGAUUCUUGGUGUUUUUGGAAAUAUAAUAUGUGCGAUCGUCUUUUCUACUAAAUCAUUGAGACGUAUUCGUUCAUCGGCAUAUUUAUUUACUUUGGCAUUAAUUGAUGUUUUUUUUAUCCUCGCUAUUCUACCUGGCACGAUUCAUACAGCAUUCGAUAGUGAUUUAUAUCGUAAAGUUCGUUUCAUUUGCUAUAUUCAAACGUACAUGUCCUUUGUUGCUUCGUUCGUACAUAUAUGGAUGGUGCUUGCGUUUACGGCUGAACGAUUUUUUGCUGUAAAUUUUCCAUUAAAACAUAUGUCACAGUGUACACCAAAUUUAUCACGUAUAGUGAUAUUAAUAAUAAUUAUACCAACAUUUAUAUUUUAUAUUCAUCCUGCAUUUUUUGUACCUGAAGUUGAUAUUGUUGGUCAAUGUCGCGAAAAAGAUGGAUAUAAACGUUAUUUAAAUAACCUUAAUAUGAUCGAUACAAUCAUGACAAUGUUUUUACCGUUUAUUCUUGUAUCAAUAUUAAAUAUACUUAUUAUAAGAAAAUUAUUCUGUUCAAAAGCAUUUCGUCAACAUGCUUUUGCUAAUGGCUCACGUUAUCAAUGUCAACGGAUUUCAGAUGGAAAAAAGAAAGACGACUCAUCACCAUUAAAACGUAGUUCAAUGUCAUUACCACAAAUGCCAAUAGUAUCACAAUCAAAUUCACUAUUCUCACAUCGUUCGCAACGUAUGAUUCGUCCGACUCGUUCAACCGGAACAGAAAAAACAUCAUAUCUAUAUCGAAUCUAUAGUGGCUGUGAAUCAUUAAAUAGAAAUUUAAAUAAUAACGAUCAUAAUGAUAAUAGUUCAAUAAAUCGACGAAUAUUAUCAAUAAAGUCAAAAACAAAACCAAUUCCAUUAUCGAAACGUCAUGAUUCAGUACAUCGGCAUGUAUUAACUGAGUUACGUUUAACAAAAAUGCUCUUAGCUAUAUCAUUAACAUGUCUUUCAUUAAAUUUUCCAUCGUACUAUCUUCGUUUCAUAUUUUUAUAUGAACAGUCAACGCCGAGUUCAUCACAAUCAUCAGAUAAAAAUAAUCUAAACGAAACUGAGUUUGCACUUUAUCGAGGUGUUCUUUUUCAUUGUAUGUCAUAUUUAAGUUAUGCAAUUAAUAUAUUUAUUUAUUUAUUAUUUGGUGGAAAUUUUCGCCGAGCUUUAAAACGUUUAUUUUCAUUUAAAUCAGCACAUUCGGAAAAUUUUGCAACACUAAAUCGAAUAGCAAUGCCCAAUUAUGAAAAACAUAAUGGAAAUAUUGCUGAUUAUAAUUCAAUGACAACGGCAUCAUUCCAAUGUUCACUACGUGACUAUACCGAAUCACUUAAAGCUCGAGAACAAUCAAGUUUACCUCAUCGUUUACAUAAAAAACCAGUCUACAUACGAGUUAACAAGAUACAUUAA